UUUAAAUAAAAUAAAUUAAAAACUCAAAAUGGAUCUACAUGAAAACCUUCUCGGAAGCUGGAAUGCUUACCGUCGGAGGCAAGAAAUGUAGCUGGAAAUUGUCGUUUUCGUCCACCGGUUGUCUGAAAAAUUGGACUGAAACCUCUCGCUUCGCCGUCAACGACACUCUAGUGUGGGAAUUUGAUGGGGAAGCGGACAAGGUGCUGGAAGUGGACGAAUCGGGCUACAAGAGCUGCAAUAACUCGAAGCCCAUAAGAUCCAUUAGCGGGCCGAACGCCAAGGCUGUGCUGGGCCAGUCAGGCCCACACUACUUCAUCAGUGCGACGGAGGAGAAUUGCAAGAAGGGGCAGAAAUUGGCGGUGGUGGUUGUGUCGGAGAAGCACUGGCGGAAGCCGGCGGCGGCGCCUGCACUGUCUCCGGCUGCUUCUGCGCCUUCCCCUUCUGCUGAGACUCAAAAUGGUGGUCCGGCGGUGGCGCCAACCACCGGAGCAGCCGUGGGAUUGAAGGGGAAAAGGAGCUUGGUUAUUAUGGGACUUGGAGGGGGUUUUCUUUUGGGGUUCUUUCUGGUUUAAUAAAAGUAUUUGGGAUCUAUUUUUAUUUUAAAUUUUAUUUGGGAUUCAUUUCCUUUUUUUUUGGAUUUGGGAUAGAUUAUCUCAAUGCAUCUGAUUAGCCUGGUGUAAUAAUUCAUUCAUUUAUUUCUUCAUUAGUUUAAUGUGUCACAAGGGCAAUUCACCCAUUUCUUUCAGUUUUGCAUUUAAACUUUUAUCAUGGCAUGUUUGAGAAAAAAAACAGAAAUUUGCGCUUUCAAUUUUGGAUUCGACUCAAAUUUCAUGUUUGGAAAAUAUAAAAAACUAAAUUUGGAUUU